AUGGUACCCGGAUCAAUUGGCCAGGAUGUAGUCGAGGCUAGUAUUGCCAAAGUGAACCAGAUCAAAUUGUUUGCCGAUGACUCAGGUUUUCUAUUUCGGCUGGCAUUAGUUGAAUCAAAAUUCGGUGAAAAUCCACAAACAUUUGCCGAUCAAACUAACAAAUCGCCAAAUAUCUGGUCAAUAGAUAGCCAGAAAUUUCGGGAAACUAAAGAUAUUCAAAAACAUCCGGAAUUGUUACAGUUAUACUACGAUUUGGCCGAUAAGUAUGAUAUCGAUUGGCAACGAUUGGAUAUAUAUGAUAUGCAACGACCAUUGUAUUCGGCAUUGGCUUCAAAAAUGUUUCUGCAUUUAAAUGGACAGCCUAUACCCGAAACAAUCGAUGACCAGGCUCAAUAUUGGAAACAACAUUAUACAGCCAUCGGUGACGGUAAUGUUGAUGCGGACACAUUCGUUCAGGAAGUCCACAAACUAGAAGAUCUAUACGAAUGUUCGCCACAUAUUAGUCUAUGUUAUGUAUUAGACGGCUCCGGUAGUAUUGGUUCAUCCGAUUUUCAAUUGGCUAAACAAUUUCUAUACAAUGUUACCGAUAAAAUUAGUUCAGAAAACGGACAGUUUUGUUUAGUAUUAUUUUCAUCCGAUGCCCAAACUAUCUAUGAUUUUACGGUAACUGAUAAAACUAAAAGAUUGAAUAAAAUUAAAGAUCUUAUACAACCGGAUAUGAGUACAAACACUAGAGCCGGUAUUCAAAAAACAGUUGAUAUUAUGGAGACAUCCAUAAACCAGGUACCUUAUAAGACAAUGUUUGUAUUGACUGACGGCUACUCCGAUGAUGGGGUACAACCAGCCGUAAGUAAUGCCCAGAAAGCCCAUAUCAAAAGUUGGGUUUGGGGUAUAGGUGAUGGUGUUAAGGAUAAGGAAUUGAAUGAAAUUGCAUACAAUAUACCCGAUAAUGUCAAACAACUAACUAAAUACAGUUCAAUGGAUAGUUAUUUAUAUGAAUUUAAAAAAACUUUAUGCGACGAAAUCAUACAUCUAAUUGAUGGCCAAAAAUUUGAUGACACGAGUGUUCAAAAUGAAAAACGAUACUUUAGUAUUGAUUUACCGAAAACAGGUGCUAUAAGCCUAACGAUACAACUAACUAAUGGCAAUACAUUGGGUUAUUAUGCCUAUAGUACUCCAAAUCCAUCAUCAGCUGUCAAUGAUGGCCAGUUAGAUACUAAUCCGUAUAACAUACCCGGCCAACAACAACAUAGUCAAGUCUAUGUUACUAUAGUAGGCCAGGGCCCGAAUAAUGUUUAUAGUAUUACUCCAACUUAUAUUUAA